CUAUCUUCAGUUGAUAGCCUCGGAUGUGUAUGGAAUGUGUGCGGUAUGGAAUACGAAUGUGUAAAUUCUAUUUUGACGUGAUUGCCGAUACGAAAAAGUAGAGAGUGAAAACAUUUUAUUGGAUAAGUUCAAGAGUCGGCGUGGCGCGCCUUUAGCCAAAAUAACGUCAUAGAAUGGUGAGAAUUGUUAUAUCAAUAGUUCCGUUUUGCAAAACCGAUUACUUGGCAGCUAACUCUAUGAUCAGAGUUUAAUCAGUGUUCACGUCUCUGCUAUCUCUCAAAAUUUAAUACAUUCUUCUCGAUAAACUCCGAUCAGAGAAUUCCCUAAUUUCUUUAAGAUUGGUGUUCGAACUUCUAGUAUUUUUUAACGGUGAUUAGUUUACAAAAAAAAAAAAUUUCUACCAACAUCGAAGAGAAUUGCGGACGUGUGCUGUGUACACAGUGUUAACGUGUUAACAAUAGUUUUGAGUUUUAUCUGAACCCUCGUCAGAAGUGAAAUUUUGUAUGAUUCACGGCGAUAAUUGAAUCAAGUGCUUGGCCUUAAAUACUUAGGGAAUCUUCGAGAAAUCUAUGACCUUAUGAUAUUGUUACAAUGCAGGAAAUAUUAAUAUGGAACAUCAUAUUUGCAAUAUUAUCCCUUCUGCUGGAAGCAGAUGGGUUUUAUGUGCCUGGUGUUGCCCCUGUCGAAUUCAAGAAGGGACAGAAAAUUGAAGUCAAAGCUGUCAAGAUGACAAGCACGCACACACAGUUGCCCUACGAAUAUUAUUCACUCCCUUUCUGUUUGCCAAAGAAUGGGACUUUUAUAUACAAGUCUGAAAAUUUGGGAGAGGUGCUUAGGGGUGACAGGAUUGUAAAUACACCUUACGAAGUGGCGAUGGGGGAAAAUGUACCUUGUCGACUUCUUUGUCACAGUCAAGGGGAACCAAUGACUUGGAACGAAGAGAACUCACAACGAGUCAUUGAACGCGUACAGCACGAAUACUCAGUACAUCUAUUAAUUGACAAUUUGCCAGCAGCAACGAAAAAGAUCCACAAAGAGACGGGCAACUUAAUAGUUUAUCAUGGAUAUCGAUUAGGAGGCAUUGCAAACAAUCAAGUUUACAUCAACAAUUAUCUUGAACUAAAGCUGAGUUAUCACAAACAUGGAGAGAACCAAUUUAGAGUCGUGGGUUUUGAAGUAGAGGCACAUUCAGUUGAUUACAAUCAGAUAGAAUUCAAAGACAAUACUUGCACAAAACCGAUUACUAAUCAAAUAAGGCCGCAGUACGUCAAUCCAAGAGGAACGAGUCUAUUAUUCUUUUAUUCGGUAGAAUGGAAAGAAUCCGAUGUCAGUUGGGCAAGUAGAUGGGAUAUCUACCUGGGCAUGAGCGACGUUGAAAUUCACUGGUUUUCAAUCGUCAACUCGUUAGUCGUCGUAUUCUUCCUUUCAGGUAUUCUGACGAUGAUCAUGGUCAGAACUUUGAGAAGGGAUAUCGCUAGGUAUAAUUCCGGAGACAGCGAUAGCCUCGCUGGCUUGGAUGAAACGAUAGAAGAAACUGGUUGGAAGCUUGUUCAUGGCGAUGUUUUCAGACCACCGACCAAUCCGCGCCUUUUCGCUGCAGUUAUCGGAAGUGGCAUUCAGAUCUUCUUCAUGGCUUUAAUCACCAUCUUUUUCGCGAUGCUCGGAAUGCUUUCUCCAGCGAGCAGAGGAGCUUUGGGAACUUGUGCAAUUCUUCUUUACGUGUUUUGUGGUCUGGUCGCUGGAUAUUUCUCAGCAAGAUUGUACAAAACGAUGCGAGGCAGAGAAUGGAAAAGGGCAGCACUUUUGACCGCAACGUUUUAUCCUGGAAUAGUAUUCACGACCUGUUUCUUCCUGAACUUUUUCAUUUGGGGAAAGCACAGUUCAGGUGCUGUGCCAUUCACAACGAUGCUGGCACUGCUUUGCCUCUGGUUUGGCAUUUCUUUGCCCCUCGUGUACCUCGGUUACUUUUUUGGAUACAGGAAACAGCCUUUCACGCAUCCGGUUAGAACGAAUCAAAUUCCUAGACAGGUCCCAGAUCAGUUGUGGUACAUGAAUCCGAUAUUAUGUACACUCAUGGCUGGAAUCUUGCCAUUCGGAGCAGUCUUCAUUGAACUAUUUUUCAUCCUGACUGCUCUCUGGGAGAAUCAAUUUUAUUACCUCUUCGGCUUCUUGUUCCUCGUUUUCUGCAUUCUCGUAAUUUCCUGUUCUCAGAUAUCUAUAGUCAUGGUCUACUUCCAACUUUGCGGAGAGGAUUACAGGUGGUGGUGGAGAACUUUUGUAGUUAGUGGCGGCUCUGCCGCCUAUGUACUAGCGUACUCCGUAUUUUACUUUAUGACCAAGUUGGAAAUCACAGAAUUAGUUCCAACCUUGAUGUAUUUCGGAUACACGGCCUUGAUGGUCCUCACUUUCUGGCUCUUGACCGGAACAAUCGGAUUUUUCGCAGCAUAUGCCUUUAUCCGAAAAAUAUACGCCGCCGUAAAAAUAGACUAGUAAUUUUCCUGGACUGACACUGCGAGAAUUUAUUUUACGUGAGUGAAUGAAUGUGUUCACCAAUACGAAAAAUAGACGGCGAGACUUUGGAAAAUUUCAAGGGGAAUCGACGAUUUCCUUCAUGAAGAUUUACAUUAUGUUUCUUGCUGAUUCGAACUUGUCUCUCAAUUACGUCUACGACUAUUAUUUUUGUUCCUGAAAUUUCUAUGAAAUUUCAUACAAAGACGAUGCGUUUUUAGCUCACUUGCGGUUUACAAAAGUGUACACCAAAAGCGUCAUCACAGAAAUCUCCAAUAAUAUUAGGAUUAAAGGAUUUUAAUUCAGAAAUCAAACGGUGACUUAAAUCGAGCUGUUGAGGAAGACUAGAGUGAGUUUCAAGUAAUUAUCCUACGAGCAGAUUUUGUCUAAAUAUCGGCUUAGAGAGUAAGCAGAUUGGGUGCUCGAUGCAUCUUAAUAUUCAAAAAUAGCUGUACAUUGUCCGGAGUAUACAGAUUACAGUAUGGAGAUAUUUAUCGCAACUUUCCUGAGUUUCAAGCAUAUCAAUUUAAGGUUUAAUUCGUUUAUAAUUGAACGCAAUUAAUUUAGACUGUUAUUAUUUUCACAAUUGGUCAAAGCCGCCUUAUAAAA